GCAGUGCCAGGAAGUCUUCCAUAACCUCAGGCCUCGAUUGUGCUGUGCUUACUUUCAUAGGGAGCAGCAGUCUGAACCAGCAAGGUGGAUAAAAGAGGGAAAUGCUACCAUUAUCAAGAGGCUGAAUAUGAGCAAUUGGUGUUGAAGAAGCCACUGAGUGCUGCCUAUAGAGUCUGGCGGAUGGCCCAAGCUUUCUGAAGCAUGUUCUGAUGAGUCCAUGACCUCACCCACCCCUUGCUAAAGUUUCUUUAGAUGUCUUCCUGGGAGCUUGGAGACUGCCCCCUAUCUGUUAAUUGGAGGAGGAAGGGGAUUGCCAAGCAAGAACAUCACACUCUGAAAAUAAAUUUUCAUUCAAGCUCUGUGCUACUGCAAAGACUGAACUUUCACAUGCUAUGAAGCUCUGUGGGCUACGCCUUUGAAUAGUCCUCCAUCACAGCAAAGGUUGGUGUGGGGCUCUGAGCAGUCAUCAGCAGAUCUUCUCAAUCUCAAUAACUCUCCUUACAGCAGGUACUUUCCUUUGAAAAAUGCUGGUCUCUGUUGAAAUCUCUCAGUCAGCAUCAUCUUUAUCUCUUCAUACAAAGUUUUGCUGUUAGUAUUUCACAGUGGCUCUGAUAUGGGCUCUGGUUUAUUGCGGAACUUCUAUCAAGGAAGAUCAGCUGCUGUCUUUUCCAUCUUGAAGAACACUGAGAUUUCUCCAGAUUUAAAAUGUCACCUGGAAUCAGCCCUCUUUAAAAUUAGCAUUCUUUAUGUAUUUAAUAAGCAGCAAGGUAGAGCAGCUUUAUUUUCCUUUGUGGGUUGGCAUGAAGGUCAGCACUAUAAACCUUCUGUAACUCCUGAACACUAUCCCAACAUUAAACGCUUCUUGGGAAAGGAGGAAAUCUAAGGGAAGCUGCACCUGGUAACCAUCAGGUCCCAAAAGAAUUCCUGAGCUUUUGGCUCCACUUCUUGAGAUGGGCAGGGGUCCAUGGGGCUCCAAGAAGAAAGCCAUGGCUGCAGAACCCGCAGCGAGGCAGAUCUAUUAGGACAUGGCCACUGUCUGGGGAACCUCUGAAAAGAAAGCAACUUUUAAACACCUAUUGGCUAAGUGCUUGCAUGUGAUUUACAGCUUGAUUGUGAUUUACAAGGGAAUGCCUUGUCGAUUCCACCUGUGUACAGACUGUAGCAACUUUAUUUCCUAUGGUAAAUUUGGUGUUGGCACAAGGGAAAAUGGAGGCUCCAAGGGAAAUCCUUGACUCUAUCCCUGCUGCUGAGGCGUUUGUGGUAGCUGGGUGUCUGGGAUGUCUGGGGGGCAGCAGCACAGUUCAGCUCCUGGUGUGGCAUCUAAGGCCUCGUGUUACAGAGCAGCUUCUGCCCAUUUCUCACUGGUAAUGUAUUUAUAUCAACAGGCAGCAUGUUUGAUGGGGAAAAAGCAAACGAACUGCUGCCAAAAAGUGACUUUCUUUGCGAUGGAGACACAGAGUGUUGUGAGAAAGCACUCGUGUCGCUGGGAAGAGGGAGGUGAAGGAAAACCCCCACCUCGGAAGAAAACAGCUGCCCUUCUUCGUGGAUGAAACAGCAGGUAUGGGCACACGCAGAGCAGAUGCACAAGUAGUUUGUAAACAGACAGUGAGCGCUUUGCCCCUUCUCGUGUCCCCCUCGCGCCCUGGCUGGCUGCUCCAGGAACAGAAGGAAGAAAACCCAAACGCUAAAAGCCAACAAACGAACGUCUCCAGAAAGCCCGAGGAGCCCCGAGCCGAGCCGCCGCUCCCCGCCAGGUGCACGGCGCGGGCCUGUGCGGGCGCACGGCUCCUCCCCGGGCCGCGGCGCGAGCGGGAGAAUCCCAGCCCCCUUCAGGGAGGCAGGAGCGGUGGGGGCAGGCGGAGGAGGAGGAGGAGGGCCGGGCGCGGCGCCUCCCCCUUCCCGCCUCCCUCCCCGCCGAGCGCAGCGCCCCGAGCAUGGAACCUGCCUGAGACGCUCGGCGGGCUCCGCUCCGGCAGCUGCUGCUGCGGCACAACAUGGAGGCGGCGCCGCCGCUCCUGCUGCUGCUGCGGCUCCUGGCCGCCUCGGUGCUGCGCUGCGAGCCGGGCUCGGCCGGGGCGUCUCCCUUCCUGCUUUUUGCCAACCGUCGGGAUGUUCGACUCGUGGAUGCUGGAGGCACAAAGUUGGAGUCCACUGUGGUGGUCAGUGGUUUAGAGGAUGCUGCUGCGGUUGACUUCCAGUAUUCGCAAGGCAUCGUUUUCUGGACAGAUGUGAGCGAAGAAGCCAUCAAGCAAACUUACAUUAACCAAACUGGGAAUGUGGUGCAGAAUGUCAUCAUUUCUGGUCUGGUUUCCCCGGAUGGCCUGGCAUGUGAUUGGAUUGGGAAAAAACUUUAUUGGACAGAUUCAGAAACCAAUAGGAUAGAAGUCGCUAAUCUCAAUGGAACAUCUAGAAAAGUCCUCUUCUGGCAAGACCUUGAUCAGCCCAGGGCAAUAGCUUUGGAUCCAGCUCAUGGAUACAUGUAUUGGACUGACUGGGGUGAAACACCCAGAAUAGAACGGGCAGGAAUGGACAGCAGCACACGGAAAAUAAUUGUUGAUUCAGAUAUCUAUUGGCCAAAUGGACUCACAAUAGAUCUUGAUGAGCAGAAACUUUACUGGGCUGAUGCAAAAUUGAGUUUUAUUCAUAGAGCAAAUCUGGAUGGCUCCUUUAGGCAAAAGGUUGUUGAAGGAAGUCUUACUCAUCCAUUUGCGUUGACGUUGUCUGGGGACACUUUGUAUUGGACAGACUGGCAGACACGUUCCAUUCAUGCCUGUAACAAACGGACGGGAGAGAAGAGGAGGGAAAUAUUAUCAGCUCUCUAUUCACCCAUGGACAUCCAGGUCUUAAGUCCAGACCGGCAGCCCUACUUUCACACUCCGUGUGAAGAAAGCAAUGGUGGUUGCUCCCAUCUGUGCCUGCUAUCACCAAGAGACCCCUUCUAUAGCUGUGCCUGUCCCACUGGUGUGCAGCUAGAAGAUGAUGGCAGGACAUGCAAAUCAGGUGCUGAAGAAGUGUUGCUGCUUGCUAGGAGGACUGACUUGAGAAGGAUUUCCUUGGACAUGCCAGACUUCACUGACAUUAUUCUGCAGAUAGACAAUAUCAGGCAUGCAAUUGCCAUAGACUAUGAUCCUGUGGAAGGCUACAUCUACUGGACUGAUGAUGAUGUUCGGGCAAUUCGUCGGGCGUACCUUGAUGGCUCUGGAGCACAGACUCUGGUAACCACAGAAAUCAACCAUCCAGAUGGAAUUGCUGUAGACUGGGUGGCAAGGAACCUGUACUGGACUGAUACUGGAACAGACCGCAUUGAAGUGACCCGUUUGAAUGGGACGUCGAGAAAGAUCCUUAUAUCAGAAAAUCUAGAUGAACCUCGUGCAAUCGUGCUCAAUCCUGUGAUGGGCUACAUGUAUUGGACAGACUGGGGUGAAAGUCCAAAGAUAGAAUGUGCUUAUUUGGAUGGAUCAGAGAGGAGAGUUCUGGUGAAUACGUCCCUGGGUUGGCCUAAUGGCUUGGCACUGGAUCUGGAAGAGGACAAACUUUACUGGGGAGAUGCAAAAACAGAUAAAAUUGAGGUCAUAAAUGUUGAUGGAACGAUGAGGAAAACCCUGUUAGAAGAUAAACUUCCACAUAUAUUUGGGUUCACACUGCUGGGUGAUUACAUCUACUGGACUGACUGGCAGAGGCGAAGCAUUGAAAGAGUUCACAAGAUAAGGGCUAGCAGAGACAUUAUUAUUGAUCAGCUCCCAGACUUGAUGGGCCUUAAAGCAACAAGUGUUACCAAAGUUUUUGGGACUAAUCCAUGUGCAGAGAACAACGGAGGUUGCAGCCAUCUGUGUUUCUUUACACCCCAGGAGACCAGGUGUGCCUGUCCCAUUGGCCUUGAGCUGUUGAGUGACAUGAAGACUUGCAUCAUUCCUGAAGCCUUCUUAGUUUUCACAAGCAGAGCAGCAAUUCAUAGGAUUUCCCUUGAAACCAAUAAUAAUGAUGUUGCUAUUCCUCUUACUGGAGUCAAGGAGGCAUCUGCUCUGGAUUUUGAUGUUUCUGAUAACAGAAUCUAUUGGACUGAUGUUAGUUUGAAGACCAUAAGUCGAGCUUUCAUGAAUGGGAGCUCUGUUGAACACGUGAUUGAAUUUGGGCUAGAUUACCCUGAGGGAAUGGCUGUAGACUGGAUGGGAAAGAACCUCUACUGGGCAGAUACUGGAACCAAUCGAAUUGAGGUAGCCCGCCUGGAUGGACAGUAUAGGCAGGUCCUUGUGUGGAAGGACUUGGAUAACCCAAGGUCUUUGGCUCUUGAUCCUACCAAAGGAUACAUGUAUUGGACAGAAUGGGGAGGUAAACCUAGGAUCGUUCGAGCAUAUAUGGAUGGAACAAACAGCAUCACUUUGGUGGAUAAAGUGGGUCGUGCCAAUGACCUCACAAUUGAUUAUGCGGACCAACGGUUGUAUUGGACUGACCUAGACACCAGCAUGAUCGAAUCGUCAAAUAUGCUAGGACAAGAACGAGAAAUCAUAGCAGAUGAUCUACCUCAUCCAUUUGGAUUGACCCAGUACAGUGACUACAUCUACUGGACAGACUGGAAUCUUCACAGUAUAGAAAGAGCAGACAAGACCAGUGGGAAGAACAGGACGCUUAUUCAGGGCCAUCUGGAUUUUGUGAUGGAUAUUUUGGUCUUCCAUUCUUCACGUCAGGAUGGCUUGAAUGAUUGUGUGCAAAAUAAUGGUCAUUGUGGUCACCUGUGCCUUGCCAUACCAAAUGGAUUUAGAUGUGGCUGUGCUGCUCACUAUACCUUGGAUCCCAACAGCAGGAACUGCAGUUCUCCGACCAGUUUCCUGUUGUUUAGCCAGAAGUCUGCCAUCAGCCGAAUGAUACCUGAUGAUCAGCAGAGUCCAGAUAUCAUCCUGCCUAUGCAUGGUCUAAGGAAUGUGAAGGCUAUUGAUUAUGAUCCCUUAGAUAAAUUGAUUUACUGGGUAGAUGGGCGUCAGAAUAUUAUAAAAAGAGCCAAAGAUGAUGGCACUCAGCCUUUUACUGUCAUGAGCUCUCCAAACCAAAGCCAGAACCCAGAGAAGCAGCCACAUGACCUCAGCAUUGAUAUAUACAGCCAUACCUUAUACUGGACCUGUGAGGCCACAAACUCCGUCAACGUUCACAGGCUGAACGGCGAGUCAAUAGGGAUGGUGCUGCGAGGCGACCACGACAAGCCCAGAGCCAUUGUAGUGAAUGCAGAGCGGGGGUACAUGUAUUUCACCAACAUGCAAGAGAGAGCUCCCAAGAUUGAGCGUGCAGCCCUUGAUGGCACAGAGAGGGAAGUGCUUUUCACAACUGGGUUGAUCCGACCAGUAGCACUGGUGAUUGACAACAAACUCGGAAAGCUUUUCUGGGUGGAUGCAGAUCUGAAGCGCAUCGAAAGCUGUGACUUGUCAGGUGCUAACCGUGUGACUCUGGAGGACUCCAACAUCCUUCAGCCAAUGGGCCUGACUGUGCUGGGAAAUCACCUGUACUGGAUUGAUCGGCAGCAGCAGAUGAUUGAGAGAGUGGAGAAAACUAAUGGGUACAAAAGGACUAGAAUUCAAGGCCGAAUUGCUCACCUAACAGGCAUUCAUGCUGUGGAAGAACUUGACAUGGAGGAAUUCUCUGCACAUCCGUGCUCCCGUGACAAUGGUGGGUGCUCACACAUCUGCAUUGCCAAAGGGGAUGGGACUCCAAGAUGUUCGUGCCCAGAGCACCUUGUGCUUCUGCAGAAUCUCUUAACAUGUGGAGAACCUCCAACUUGUUCCCCAGACCAGUUUACCUGUGCAACUGGAGAGAUUGACUGUAUCCCAAUGGCAUGGCGGUGUGAUGGAUUCCCAGAGUGUGAUGACCAGAGUGAUGAGGAUAGUUGCCCAAUAUGCUCUGCAUCUCAAUUCCAGUGUGAGAAGGGACAAUGUAUUGACGCACAUCUGAGGUGUAAUGGAGAAAUUGACUGCCAAGAUAAAUCUGAUGAAGUGGAUUGUGAUACAAUUUGUCUUCUCAAUCAGUUCCGGUGUGCCAGUGGCCAGUGCAUCCUCCUGAAGCAACAGUGUGACUCCUUUCCAGAUUGCAUUGACGGCUCAGAUGAGCUCAUGUGUGAAAAAUCAAAGCCAUCCUCAGAUGAACCUCAGCCCCACAGCAGUGCCAUCGGUCCCGUCAUUGGAAUAAUACUUUCCCUUUUUGUCAUGGGAGGAAUGUACUUUGUUUGCCAGCGAGUGGUGUGUCAGCGCUACGCCGGGCCCAACAGCCCCUUUCCACAUGAGUAUGUCAGUGGCACACCUCAUGUCCCCCUUAAUUUUAUUGCUCCAGGAAGUUCUCAGCAUGGCACUUUUACUGGCAUCUCUUGUGGAAAGUCUAUGAUUAGCUCCAUGAGCCUCAUGGGAGGGAGCAGUGGUGCCCCCUUAUAUGACAGAAACCAUGUUACUGGAGCCUCUUCUAGUAGCUCAUCCAGCACUAAAGCCACUUUCUACCCACAGAUCUUGAACCCGCCUCCAUCCCCAGCUACUGAUCGCUCCCUGUAUAAUGCAGAGAUGUUUUAUUCUUCAAACAUUCCUUCAACCACAAGAUCUUACAGGCCUUACCUUAUACGAGGGACAGCUCCACCCACAACCCCGUGCAGCACAGAUGUUUGUGACAGUGACUAUACUACUAGUCGAUGGAAAGCCAACAAAUACUAUAUAGAUUUAAAUUCAGACUCAGACCCUUACCCCCCUCCACCCACACCUCGCAGCCAGUACAUGUCGGCAGAAGAAAGUUGCCCUCCAUCUCCUGCCACAGAACGAAGCUAUUUUCACCUCUACCCACCUCCACCCUCUCCUUGUACAGACUCCUCAUGACCUCAACAGAAGGAACUUUCCCUGUAAAUAUUUUUAAAUAUGAACAGAUUUUAAAUAUAUAUUUUAUGAUUUAAAGAUUAAAAAAAGGGUGGGAAUUAAAAAGGAAAAAAAAAAAAGAAAUGUGAAUAAAAAUGUUGGGUGGGACGGGGCUGUGAAAAUUGUACAAAGGAAGAAUAUUUAUAAAAUUGAUUUUUUUAACUUAA